GUUCAAUUUUUUCAGAGGAUUUUCUUUUUUCCGAUUUUUGCAGUACGGAAAAUGAAUAUUAUGGUAUUUAAAUGAAAAUGUAAAUAAUAUCUGUAAUUUUUACGUUAUUUUGGUGAAGUUCUAUACUCAUAACUCACACUUGUACGAUACGCUUUAUCGGAUGCACCUCGGUAACCUGAUGAUCCAUUAGCUUUUAAUUUGUUGUCGUGUACAUAAAUUUAUUGAUAGGAAGCUUCGACGAAAGAUUGCUCGUGUAUAUGAUGUAAAAUUGAAGAGAAAUAAUCCCGAAUGAGUACUUCUUAGUGAUCGAAUCAUACCAUCAACAAUCCAUCGACGUUGGAUCGCUUCGAAUUAUAAAUAAAAAUGGAAACAGAAGACGAAUCUGACUUCGUGAGGCCAGAAAUCGAUAAUAAUCUAGUGAUCAGCAGUCCAUCCCCGAAUGCGGAAUUUUGUCUGGUGUUCGACGAUGACGUAGAAGAGCGUUCGGAGCAAUCUUCUAGAGAAUUGAGCACCACCAGUACUUCCAUCGAACCAACAACUAGUAAGACUGAUUCAGAUCUAGAUGCAAUCAAAAGAAAAGCAGAUGAAAUUGCCAGUAAUUUGCAAAAAUUUCGCACCGGUAAGAGUACUGGUACUUCGCAAGAUUACGUACCACCUGAAGAAUUCAAACGCUAUCACGAAACGUCAUUAUUUGUGGCCCAGAAGUUGAAGGAAGACAGACAAUUAUUUGAAGAGUCUAAACAGAGGAGUGAAGCCGUUCGUAGUAAACGUUCUCAUAAAGACAUAUCAAAAUUACCUCCAGAGGAACAUGCCAACUUCGACGAAAUUCGAUCCCUGAAGCAGAAAAUAGCUAAAUUAGAAUCAACAGUAGAUUAUUUACAAGAUGCGUUAGAUGCCAAAGAUCGCGUUAUUUCUGAAAAAGAAGAAUCCAUCAAGAGUCUCAGUGAAUCCGUUUCGAACGAAUAUGCCGCUAGACUGAACCUUUUAGAGCAAUCUCAAGAGGAAAUUGAACGCAUAAAGAGCGAACACUUGAAGUCUAUCGAACGCAUCAAUAAUUCCAAACAAGAAUAUUGUAAUCAAUUACAAAUCGUUCGUCAAAAGUAUUUACACGUUGAAAAUGAAUUUAAAUCUUUGGAUUUUACUAGAACCAAAUUACUUAAUAAAAAUAUCAGAUUGGAAGAAAAAAUGGCAAAUUUAGAAAAUGAGCUUGAUAAUUUACGAAUCCACCAAGAGAAUCAACCACCUGUGCCCGAUUUAAACAAUUAUCUUCCCAGAGAAUUAUUACAAGAUAAACUCCAGAGCGUCGAAUUGGUUUUAAAUGAAUUUUACUCGUAUAUUUUGGAUAAUGCCGGAUCGAAUAGUGAAUUACUCGACGACGACGUUCCUUACGAAAACUACGAUAUCCUGAAAACGUUGGAAAAAACUGGAGAUAAAUUAGAGUCGAUGUUCUACUUGAUAAAAGAUAAAUUUGCCAACGUUUGCGAUCUCGAAACAUCACUUUCUCAAGCAAACGCUCGAAUCGUUGAAUUACAACAUGUUGUUGAUGAAAAUAAGCAACAAGAGACUAAAUUGAAGAAAUUGUUGGCUUCCUUGAAAGCUAAAGUACAAUCUGAAUCGAACUCUUGUAAAGAUUUAACCGAAGAACUGUCCAAAUCGAAGGAACGAAUCCAUCAAUUAGAACACGAACUUAGCUCGAGGAGUUCUUCCGAAGACGAAUGGAAAAUGAAGUACAUAGAAUUGGAGAAACUCAACGAAAGCAUUUCGUAUCAAUUGAACGAAAUGCGCGAAAAAGUCGAAGCAGUGGAAUUCGUCGAGGUCUCGUCUCAAGCCAAAGAGAACUCGCAAAUCGACUCCUUGAAAUGCGAAUUAGCUCGUCUGCACGAAGAAAACACUGAAAUAUCGAUGCUGCUGGAAAUGAAAACGAGAGAAUACGAAGUGCUAAUGGUCGAAUGCGAAACUCUGCGUAAAGCUCAAGAAGACGGUAGCUCGAGCGAUAAAACCGAAAACGAUUUUGUCGUUUUGCAGAAAAAAGAUGCAGAAUCUGCCGAAGAAGAUUGGAAAGAAAAAUACCACAAAUUAUGCGAAGAUCACGAUAAACUUACGCAAACCGUUAGAACCAUGUCUGAGAAGGCCAUCGAAUGGGGUAAUGAAAAACUCAACUCGCAGAAUUAUCAACAAGAAAAUCAACAUCUUCAGAAUCAGUAUCAAACGUUGCUCGAUCAAUUGGAUGCUGCUAAUCGUGAAAUUUCCGAUUUGUCCGAGUACAGGAAUAGAGCAGCUAAAGAAAUCGAAUCGUUGAAUACGAAACUGGACUCAUUAGAGUCUCAGCUCAUUGCCAACGAGGAUAUAAUCCGUGAUCAAACUUCCGAUUACGAUUUAAUUCUCGGUAAAUUACAAGCAGCCGAGGAGCAUAAUAAGAAAUUGCAGAACGAGAUUGCGAACUUGGCGAGUAAAUCGGCCCAAUCAUCUCAGCCAAUUGAAGAUGCUGAAUUGGGUCGAUUGAAAUCCGUCGUAGCUUCGUUAGAAAAUGAAAAAGCCAAACUAGUGGAAGAAUGCGAUAAAUUUAAAAGUAAAUACCAAAGAUUACAAAUUUAUUGCAAAGCUAAUAUCAAGAAAGGUGAUAAAUCUUCCGAUGGGAAUACCGAAGUUGAAAAAUUAAAACUCGAAUGCAAAGAAUUGAAAAAACGACUCGAGGAAACCGCCGGCAAACUUCAGUCUGAUAAUAACGACGAGCUAGAGAAAUUGAACGCCGAAAAUCAAGCUCUUCAAGAAUUCUGUAACGAAACUAGACAACGCAUCGAAUCACUAAAACAAGAAAAUUCUCAUCUGUUGUCUUUCAAACAAGCUCACGAUGAUCUUCUGGCCGCCAAUCAACGUCUUCGCGAGGCAUUGCAACAAUCUCAGCAAAUCGGAGACGACGAGAACGAGCAAGAGAAUCUUAGGCAGCAAAACCAGGUUCUCAACGAACGUUUUCUCGAAAUAUCUCGUGAACUCGAGCAACUUCAACAAGGAACGCUCGAUCAAGGAUACGAAUUGGAUACACUUCGAGAAGAGAAUCACGCUCAGAAAUCGCGUCUAGAAAAACUAGAGCAGCUUUGCCUCGAUAAAGGCUGCCAAUUGGACGUACUCCGAGAAGAAAAUCAAGUUCAAAAAAUUCAAAUCGAAGAUUUAUCUCAAGACAGCUCCGAGCUAGAUCUGGUACGAGAGCAAUUCCAAGCUCAGAAAUUACAAAUCGAAGCCUUAUCUCAAAGUAGUUCCGAACUGGAUGUGCUACGAGAACAAUGCCAAGCUCAGCAAUCGCGAAUCGAGGCUUUAUCGAAAGAUAUUUCGGAACUGGAAGCGCUGCGAGAAGAAAACCAAGUCCAGAAAUCACAAAUCGAGUCCCUCCAAUCGCAUCUAGGUCAAUCUCCGCAACUGGAGAAUGUUCGUCGAGAACUCGAAUGGUACAAGCAAGAAUAUCAAAGUCAGAGCGAAUAUAUACAGGAAAUUGGCCAUCGUUUAGCCGCUUUAAAUAAAGAAAACGAUGAAUUGAAACAAAUGAAAUCAGCCAUCGACCAACAGUUCUCGAGUCUGUGCGAAGAUUCGCGAGCUCUACGCGAUCAAGUCGAUCGUAUGAAGAACGAAAACCAGUCUUUAGAUCAAAGUAAUCAACAGCUGAAAGAAUUCUGCGAUAAAGCUCGUCAACAAAUAACCAUGCUCAGUGAAACUAGCCAAAAUUACAAGAUCGAGGUGGAUUCUCUCAAAGAACGGUGCUCCGAAUUGGAAACGAUAAAUCAAAAUUUAAACGCCGAUACCUCCAGUUCCGAUGAAUUAGAACGACUCAAAAGUGAAAACGAAUUGCUGGUUGCUACGAACGAGCAACUAAUGGAAUUCUGCAACAACGCCAAAGCUAAAAUAGCCGAGCUCGAGAAAGUGAAAAGAAUGUGCGACGAACUACAAGAAACCGUCGACAAAUUACGCGAGAAUUACGAAACCGAAUUGGCUGAUUUACGAAAUCAGCUGCUGAACGAUGAUCAAGAAGGCGCCGAAAACGAGGAAAGACUUGCGUUAGAGACUGAACUUGCUCUGGCGUCUGAUAAAAUCGCCGGAUACGAAGAACAGCUUGUUAUAACGCGCGAUGAACUGAUUCGAGUGAAAAACGACUUACACCAGAUCCGUAGUCAAGUCCGAACAUCGCAGGAUCAAGCUGUUGUUUUGAUAGCUGAGUGUUCGGCUCAAGUUGCACCCAUUUCCGAAGCUCUGGCUCAGUUGAAACUGGAAAAUGAGCAGCUGAAAGAACAGAGCCAGAAAUACAAUCAAAAUGCAUCGUCUGAUCGAGCUCCUCGUAUCUUCGAUCAUUUCCGUUCGAGCAGUCCGGACGCUUGCGAAAUCGCCGUGCAGUGUGACGAAUCGUUUGAGAGCUGCGUUCGUCAAAUGUAUCAGCAGGAUUUGAACGUGGAACGUGAAAAAUACAACGCAGCUUUGGCUUUGAUUGUAGCGAAAAUAAACGAUUUGCAAGAGUGCUGCGAUAAGGUUGAUAGGGAGUUCAAAGAGAAAGAAGGUAUCGUUCUUCACUACAAAGCGAAAAUAGAAGAAGAACGUAACCGAUACGAGGCGACAAUCGAUCAGCUGCGCCGAUCCAUCUCGGAAACUGCGGCAGUCGCUGUUCAAAAACAAGAAGCGGAAAUCCAACAGCAAAGUCAUAGCAAUAUGGAACGUUAUAAAGAAGUCGUAACCGAAGAACGGGCAAAAUACGAGCAAAUCAUUCAUGAAAUGCAGCAGAAUUUACAACAUUACAAAUCUCUGGUAGACGAAGAACGUACCAAAUACGAACGUAUCAUUCAUGAAAUGCAAGAAAACGCGAAUAAAUUGAGACAGGCUCGAGCAUCUGUCGAAGAAAGCCAUUUCCAACAACCUAAAAUGGACUUCUACGACGAUAACGCUGUGCACAGAGCUGCCGAUGAGGUCAAAGUAUUCGAUAUGUUCAAAGGUGGCACUGAAACGGUACAAGAAACAAUACCGAAUGUGAAAAAAUACUACGAUUAUUGCAAAGGUGUCAUCAAGAAAGAAAUAAAAGAUAUCCUGAAUCCGGAAGACGACGUUGUCGGUGAUUGGGCCUCAGAUCACGUUAUUAUCGACGACGAUACCACUUCAGCCGAAGACUCCCGUGCUACUCCGAUCACGAGUCGAUUCAUCGACGUCCUGGACGAUCUCGUCAGACGUUUUUCCAUCACCACUUUCGCCAGCGAUUACAAAUUUGACGAAACUAUCGAAGAAUUCUCUUUGGCUUUCAAACUAGCCGAAUUGUUCCAAGUUGUGGUCGCCUACUACGUAGAUUCUCCUCGAGCUGUGGAGAAUCCCUACGCAUUGGAAUUACUGAAGAAAUUCCGUGAUGUGGCUCAUCAAGUCGACGAUGGUAAAUCUCCGUCACCGGUCGAGGUAUUUGAACCUUCUUCGCAUGUUCCCCGAAUUGCAGAAGAAGUCGAUACGCAGCUACUUAUCACUGCCAAACGAUUAGAUUGCGAGAAUCGAUAUCUUUUACAAGCCAUCUCUCUAGUCGAGCAUUUAAUCGCCGAAUAUUGGAAUUUCGAUUCGCCUUGGAAUCUGCAAGGUUUAAUAUUCGAGUUACGUAGAAACAUAACCGAAGAUACCGGUAUACCUUAUUACGACCUGAGUGCCACCGAAGCAGAUCCGGAUUUCGGCCAAAAAGCUAUUAACGAGUUUGGCGAAGUGUUCAACGAUUGGAAAGAAAUGAUCGAAAAACAUACCGAAACACUAAGCGUACUUACCGAAGUCAAAGAAUCCGAUAAACCAGCCGCUUACGUCUUGGUCGACGUUUACAAAAGUCUAGAAACAGCUAAAAACAAACUGCACGAGUUGAUCUGCGAUCUACACUACGUUUACAGCGCGGAGAACUCGUCGAACGUUAAUCCGGUCGAAUUUUUUGAACAAAUCGAAGAUAUCAAUCAACACGUCGAGAAAUCCAUCAACGCCAUAAUCAGCGACGAAUCCAUCAAACAAGACGUAGCCAAUAUUACAGCAUCGUCGGCUGCGGCUGCUCAUUCUGAUCACGACCAUCACCAUCAUCAUUCGCAUUCGCACGAAGACUUGUACGACGAGUCUCAGAGUGAUGAUGCUACAUCCGAAGAGCAUCAUCAUCAUCAUCAUGAUCAUCAUGAUCACGCCCAUCACAGUCACGCGGCCACUGCGUCGACUGAUAAUACUUCCGCAGAAUUGAAAGCUUUGCUUACAGAAAGUAACAGGAAAAUCGAGCGUUUGGUUAAAGAACUAAGCGACGUGAAAAAUUCGGGAGAAUAUAACGAAAUGAAGCAGCUGCAUUCUAAGCUAGAUGAAACGCUGUAUCAAUUGCAUUUGAGGGAUGUUCAUUGCGUUGAACUGACCCAAGAAUUGACACAGCUCCUUUCUGAGAGAGACUCGUUGCAGAUAAAAUUAUCCACUAUUUUGAGAGAGAAUGAACAGCUCAGGGAAGCAGAACACCAGUCUCCUAGAUUAACAAGGAGCAUCCCGACUCAGUCAUCUAAUUUGGAAAAUAAACUAGAAGAAUUGCAACAAGUCAACUACAUGAAAGAUCCUCGAAUAUCCGAAGCUUCUAGGUUACAUCACGCUUCUCAAAUGCAACUAUUUAGCGAAGAUGCAGCCGAGUCGUCCUCUAAAAAUAAAGAAAACAAGGAAUCUGGCGGAUUCAGCCUGUUUAAAUGGAUCACUGGAGACACCGACGAUAAAUGAAAACAAUCCGGUAGCAUGUGAUAAUGUGAACUUCAAAAAUUAAUUACACGAUUUCAAUACCGCGAUGGCAAUGACGCGUGUGACAUUAAUGCCUACGAUGAUACUUCCAUUAGCGCAAUUCGGCAAUUUUUUAUGUUUAGCAUUCCGUUCGUUACCUUUGUAUUAGUAAUUUUGUCUUGGAAAUUGAAAAUACCUACGGAUGUAAGAGGGUUAUAUCGAAUAAGAAGAGUCAGGUGAAGGACUGGGUAUCGCUCCUUCGAUCGGUGCGAAUUGUCUUAAUACGAAUUUUAUAUUGUUUGCCAAUAUCUAUAUCUACCUACCUAUUUUCAAAGUAAAUAUUUAUUUGUUUUC